AUGGUGGUAGCUACAAUUAAGUGUGUCGUCGUUGGUGACGGUGCCGUGGGAAAGACAUGCCUUCUUAUCUCUUAUACAACAAACAAGUUCCCCUCAGAAUAUGUCCCCACCGUCUUUGACAACUAUGCGGUUACUGUCAUGAUCGGUGAUGAGCCUUAUACCUUGGGACUGUUUGAUACCGCUGGUCAGGAGGAUUAUGACCGUCUCCGCCCCCUUUCCUACCCUCAGACAGAUGUCUUCCUCGUCUGCUUCUCGGUGACCUCUCCUGCGUCUUUUGAAAAUGUCCGCGAGAAGUGGUUUCCCGAGGUGCACCACCACUGCCCCGGUGUGCCCUGUUUGAUCGUGGGUACCCAAACUGAUCUUCGGGAUGACCCUGCCGUUCGCGAGAAGCUCGCCCGUCAGAAGAUGCAACCCAUCCGCAAGGAAGAUGGCGACCGUAUGGCGAAGGAGCUGGGUGCUGUAAAAUAUGUCGAGUGCUCCGCUUUGACACAGUACAAGCUUAAGGAUGUCUUUGAUGAGGCGAUUGUUGCGGCCCUGGAGCCCGCCCCGAAGAAGAAGUCCAGAUGCGUCUUGCUGUAA